CGCAACUUCACAACACCUAAAAAGAACGCAACCCAGUACCGUGUCUGUGGUAGCUGUCGACAAUAUUGUAUUUUCUGUCAAAAUGACACACUGUCAACGACUUUUGUUAAGAUAAACAUGUUUCCUGUAGAAGGUGAUCACGCAUUUAGGGCUAUAUUGCUGGUGAUACAGUAACAAAUUCAUGACUGGUUUCUUCUAAGAUACUGCUGGACCAAAUGUUGCGAAGGUUGAUUGAUUUAUGUUCAAAGACGAAACAUGAGUGACAGUUCUGCCACUCCUGCAGCAACAUUACCCGAACAACCACAACUACAAGCACAGCCAAUGAAGACAGAACCUCCAGAUGACAGGAAGAAGUAUGAGUGCAUAUUGUGCCACAAACGUUAUCCCUUCAAAGCUAGUCUCAAGAUGCACAUGGAUAUCCACAAAGGGAUCAAGAGAUAUGAAUGCAUUGUAUGUAACAAGAAGUUUAUGCAAAAGGGCCAUCUUAAGAGACACAUGCAGACCCAUGGGGAAAUUGUAUAUGAAUGCAUUGUUUGUAAUGAAAACUUUUCAAGUUUAAUUGCACUUGAAAAUCACAUCGAUGAUCACACUGGAGAAAAAAGGCACAAAUGUAAUGUUUGCCAUAAAAGUUUCAGUAGUGAGCGUUUUCUCCAGAGUCAUUCAGACCUGCAUCGUGUAAGGAAAAAGUUUCAUUAUGAGUGCAUGGUGUGCAACAGAAGGUUUGUAAGUGAGGGCCGUCUCAAAACACAUUUAGAGUCACAUGAUCAGGAGGAAAGUCUGAAAUGUUCAGUAUGCCAUAAGACUUUUUCAAGUGAAGAGAGCCUCAAAUUGCAUAAAGAAUCUCACAAAGAAACGAAAUAUGAGUGCAGUAAAUGUAACAGGAUAUUUUUAAAGAAAAUCCAUCUUCGAAAACAUAUGGAAAGUCAUGUUGAAAAGAAUGUGUAUGAAUGUGUUGUUUGUAGUGUGAAGUGUUCAAAGAAAGAUGAGCUUGAAGCCCACAUGGAUGAGCACAGAGAAGCUAAUAAGUAUGAGUGUAACCUAUGUGGGAAGUGCUUUUCUCAGAAGGGAAAUCUUAGAAUGCAUGUGGAGCUGCAUACUGGAGUAAAACCAUUCCAGUGUGUUAUCUGCAACAAAAAAUUUGCUCGGAAGGGAGCUCUCAAGAACCACAUGGAUAUUCACAGUACUGAAAAGAAAUAUAAAUGCCCUGUGUGCAGUAAGAGGUUUGCUCAGAAGGGUGUUCGUUAUCAUCAUUUAAUGAAACACAAAUUGGGAAAGACUUGAGUUAUUUGUGUGGCUUUCCUGAGGAGUUCAAAAGAAAUUGCAUGAUGCAGUAGCUUUAUUUUAACUUUGGUACCUGGUUUUGGAUAUUACACCAAGUUGUUGGAAUGCCUGUUAACUAGCAUGUCAAGAUUUUUGUCAUGUAACUUCCAGUUACCUUUAAAAUUUAAUGACGAUCAGUCUUUAUUGAAGGUUGUUAAAACAUACCUUUUACAGUAUUCUGUACACUUAAUAAUUUGCUUUCCUGUAUUUCAUGUUUGUUCUGACAAACUUUACAGACCUUUGUCUUGUAUAGGAGUAUUCAUCAAGGGAAGGACUGUUCAGUCACCGAAACCACAGACCCAAGGCAUGGAGAAAGAAACUACAAUUAGACAAUUAGCAUCAUCGUCAUAAGCAACCAGUUUGUUCUCCAGACCUUGCUACAACAGCAAAGGCCCAAGAACACUAUCUUGCGAGACACCUGAAAUGGCAUUACUAAAGUUACUAUACUGGUCAUCAACACAGACAUGAGUUUUGCCUAUUAAAAAUCCUUGUAAUAAUAAUCAAAUAUUAAUAAAAGAUCCACUAAUUCCCGAUAAUCUUAGCUUUUGGGUAAGUGUUUCAUGAUUUAUAUUGUCAGUGGCUACUUUAAAAUCCAAACUAACCAUGUGUGCCUCAGCACACUCAUUAAAAGCACUGUAAGACAGUAGAUAUUGAUGAGUGCAUCAUUAAGUACCAACGCCUUUAUGAAACGCAAAUUGUAAUGCUGGUAACAGGUUAUUAUCCUCAACAAACUUAUAAAGAUGAUUAGCCUAUAUUCUGAGGAAGCCCAAGUAACUUCCUAAAAAUAGUAGUAAUCUUAUGUAGCUGCCUAACUACAUAUUUUCCAAGGUGUCAUGGUGAGUAUUGUCUGCAAACUGGAAGUGUGUGUGUUUUGUGUUCUCAUCCAGAUUUCAGGCAGCCCAAGGCUGGAGUUAUGUUGGUGUAGCCUGAAGAUACAGGUUCCUCUAAAAUUUUCCUAAAGUAUCCCAUCCCAAGGCUACAUUUAAGGAUGCAGCUCUCUCCACAGUCCCAUCAACAAGUUGGGAUGGGGAAGGUAUCAGUUACAGUCAUAGUUGAUUGUUAUCAUCAAGUAUCUUAUGAUAAUUAUUACUAAGCUGUAUUUGCCUCCCCACAUACUAAACUGGAUUGAGAAUUUACUCUAAUCUUUAUACGUACUCCUUAGAGAGAGGCAGUGGCCUCAGUGCACCUCACGCACUACACUAAAGGCACUACAUAAGAUUCUCUGCAGUAUCCCUUCAGCCUGUAGCUGCAACUCCUUUCAUUCCUUUUACCAUACUAAUUCCAUUCAUAUUCUGUUCCAUCUUACUUUCUACCCUUUCAUAACAAUUAUUUCAUAUUGCAACUUCCCGUUAGACCUUUAAAACCAUAUUACUCAAUUUUCCUUUUACCGCUGAAUAACCUCAUAAGUCAUAGUGCUUGGCCUAAAUUUUUUGUUUUCCAUUCCAGAUCUCUAUAAUAAUGUUCAGACCUAACUGGUGUGUGGAUCAUCAUCAUUCCCCCAAAGUAAAUGUCAGGCUUUCAAGACAUUACUGGAAUUUUCAUUCUCUUACUCAAAAGUAAUGCUGAGCUGAGUUUCUGGAGAAGGUUUAUUCAUUUCAUAAGAACAUAUUUCAGUUUUGCUCUAAAUCUAAUGCUCCACCUUCACCAAACCAUAAAUUUGUCCCAUAGCUAAAGGGAAAAGUGUGUUCAGCCAAUGAGUGGCUGGGACUCCCUUGUUAACUGUUUUCAGUGACUGAACCAUUUUUCACUUGGAUACUGUUACUGUAUAUAAGAUGGGAGGUUUGAAUAUCUAGUAAAAAUGCAAUUUAAGAAAAUUGCAGUAUUACUAAUGCAGGUACUGUGUAGAUAAGUUGGUACCCUUUGCAGUCCAGAGAUUGGUAAAAUAUGCAUUAGGAUGUAGUUAUUGUAGAGCAUGCUUACUUUGUAUUAUGUACUUAAAAAAUAUCAGGGACUGUAGGUUACUUUGUCUUUUUAAAAAUCAGAAAGUUGUGAUUCUUACAGGUAGAACAUAAUAGUACAAAUCAUUAGUUGGUUGUGGGGGCAUCUUUACUUUGUAGAGGUUAUGUAGUUUUAGUUUUGUUUUGUAAUUUGAUCUUUCUCUGUACUGCUGUAACAACGUAUAGUUUUAUCCUACAGGUAUUUGCUUCUUCAUAUGAAUACUGACCUCCCUUACAGAGGCUGUAUGUAAACAAUAUAGUGGCAUGCAUAAAGUUCAUGUUGUGCUGAACAUUUCUGAUUGUCCUUAAUUAGUAAUUGUGGUGUUUGACUUCAAUUAUUUAUCCUCUAAUGCAUUUAAUACAACAGUCCUGGUUAUACAGGCACUGGUUUGGUAUAAUGUAGAGAGCAUGACCCCCCAUUAUCUUAACACAAUCUAGUCUGAAUAAUUGUGCAAAUUAUCUCUCAGCUUGCAUGUUUGAAAGCUAAAAUUCUAGUCAUGCAUAUGAACUCUAACCUGUAAUGAAAUAUUUAUAUAUGUCCUCGUGGAUUUUGUAAUGGAAAUAAUUGGAGAAGGGAGAAAGAAAAACAUCAGAAACUUGACAAGACUUGGAAUAUACAGGUAAUGCUGCCUUAAUCACCAAAACACCACAUCGUUCCUCUCAGGAAUGUUUCUUAGCAUGAGUGGAAUCUGUCCUUGAAACUUGGUAACAAGGUGAUUAACUGUAGGUAGGUGGGUGAAGAAACAGUUACACCUUUUUCUCAUCAUCAUCUGCGGAGAGAAGAGGUUUAGGAAUCCCUCUCAUGAGAAGCAUGCUGGACUUUGCAUGAGUGCUUUCCCUCUCAAAGGUUCAGCAAUGAUUUCACUCAUCAAAGGGGAAGAUGUCUGCCAUAGAUAGGGUUGACAUGGGUUUCCUGAGUGUGCUUAGGACUAGUCUUCCACUCGAUCUGAGACUGCCGAGGGCUCUCCCAUGCUCCAGCAGAGGUGUAUGGAGUAGAGGUAGCACUACCCUCAUUUUGCUCAUAAAUAUGCAGAUGGGAUCAUGUGACAGGUUGCUGCUGUAUGGUAACCUAUAGCAUAAGGGAGAAGAAACUUGGACUGAUGUUGAGAGUUCAUUGGUGACCUUUCAGAUGUAAUGCAAUCAGCAGUGGAAAGGAGAGCGGGAGUCUCAUGUUCUCUAUUUCACCACCUGGUAUAUUAUCAGCCAUUAGUGGCAGCGGAGUGAUCCUUAACUACACCUUAGGGUAUGGUUAAGCCUUCAGAUUUUUGGGUUAGGGAGAAACAAGCUUUUGGACCCAGAUUAUUAUUAUCUGAUAAUUUUACUCGUUCAAGAAAAAUGGAAAGUUUUCCAUUUAGGAAAAGUAGGAAAACUUUCCUAGAUCUACCUUCCUCCUCCUAUGGCUAGGUAGGGGGUAAAGAGAGGAGAAUUGGAAGGGAAGGUUACUAUGAAACUAUCCAUUUAGUUGCCUGUCCUGCCUUUGGUAAUAGUAGAGACAGGGAACAGAGUCCUGGAUACUUCAGGCCACAGGAUGAACACUUGCUUUAUCAUGACUGCACUCCUCUUUCUCUUCAACACCAAUACUGUCUUAUCUUCCCCUUCAGAUUCUAAAAAAUCUCUAUCCUUGCCAGCAUAGUUUAAAGAUCAAGGAGAAAAAUGUUAGAAGUCAUGAAGGACUAGUGUAAGGUUUUUCACUGUCGCCUAUCUUGAGUGAGAGAGCAAGUGGAACUGGAGGUGGGUCUCCAAACCAUUAAGGAGUGUGUGCUGCACUCUUUAGAUGGAGGGGCACAAGCUGUAUGGUUGUCUAUCUCAAGGAACAAUUUCUUGGUUAGGCAACAUGUACGUACGAGUACAAUGAAGCUAAUACGUAUUGCAUCACUUUAUGAAAUUAUCAUUCGGAUAAUUUUUCUUUGUUAUUUUUCAUACAAUAAUUAGUUUGAGAAAAAUCUUUUUAUGAGAACUGGAAUCUCUUAUCACAAGUAAAAAAUAAAACCAUGGAAAAACUUUGUUUUAUGCAGGUUUUGAGUAUUUUGUCCGAAUCAUUAUGAAAUAUUCCAUGUUUAGAUAUGAACACUCCUUCCAACUGUGUCAACAGAGUAUCAUCUUUAUAUUGUUAUUUUAUGCAAAUAAUAUGCUAGUAGAGUUUAGCUUAUCUGAUGUUAUCAGGUUAUUAUUUGUUUAAAGCUCUCUCUAUUAAAAGAAAAUUUUUUAUUUCAAGUUAGCAUAUGAAUUACAAUAUAAAAAAUAUAACUUCUUUAAAUUAAUAUAAAUACAUUUUGUUUAACCAAAGGGUGGUAAAAUGCAUUAAAGUGCUAUUACGUUUUGUUUGACUGAAGGGUGAUAAAAUGCAUUGAAGUGUCCGGUUCAGUUGGUACGCCUGGAACACCAAAUUUUGAGGAGACUGGUGUUGAUGCACGAAAACUUAUAAAUAUAUUAAAAAAACUCAAACUGACAGAAUAUUUUUGAUAAAUAUGAUGGAGAAUUCAGAUAUACCAUAGACACAUAGCCCUAGAAUUAUCAAAACUGGUGUAACCAUGUGUCAGUUAUUGGUGCUUUGGGAGUUAACACUAAAAGUCAGAAAGUGAAUAGCAUGCAUUCGCUGAAACUGGCUAGAAACCCCACACAAAUUAUAAGGGAUAAACAUAAUUUACUGUUGUUGGGAAGAAUAUACUGACUUAUGUUUAGGUGAUGUUCGUUACUUAUACUAUU